GUGACCCCCAAACUGCCCAAUUGGUUUCCCUGAUUGGAUAAACUGGUCCCAGUACAACAUGUAUUUAUUGUAGUGAUAUGAGAGGGGGGAUCCCCACAGGCAGCUUUAUAUGGUGGGUUUGUGUUCCUUGCUGUCAGGUUCUCCAGAGAUGGAAACAAGGAGGUUAGAGGGGAAAUGGGAGAAUGAAGAGCCGGACACUGAGGAUCCUCUGGACACAAUAAAGAGGGAAAUGGAUCCCGUUCCUGGGGCCGCUUCUCCAGAGGAGAAAUUGGAAAUAUUACAGAUAAAGAUAAAGGAGGAAGAUCCAGACUCAGAAGAUGAAGGGAACUCGGCAGCAAGAAGAUCAGCGGUUACAUUUAGUGAUUGGGACAAUUGCUGGAGUGAUGAGGAGAACUGGGAGGAUUCCAGACCACGGUUUAACCAUUGCAGCUCUGAUGUCCCACAAUCCACUGGGGCCUCCAGUUCUCUGGCCACCGGACUAUUGAUCGUCAGUGAAGAAGAAAGAGAAGCCACAAAGUCAAGCCGUGGGUCAGACACGGGGCAAGAGGAUUGGUCGGUGGGCUCAGAAGCAUCAGGAUUUAUCUGCAGUAAAUGUGGGAAUAGUUUCUCCCAGCACAGCGACCUUCACACUCACCUUUAUGCCUGCGCCGGGCACAAGAUCACAAGCAGCAGGUACAGUCAACAGCAGAGACACCAAAACAAUGGAGUUCUUCCCAGGGAGAGACCCUUCAAAUGCACCGAAUGUGGGAAAUGCUUCUCCUUUAGGAACAGCCUUCAGCUGCAUCACAGAAUUCACACCGGGGAGAAACCAUUCACCUGCUCAGAAUGCGGGAAGAGUUUCUCGCGGAAGUGCAGCCUGCAGUUACACAGCAGAAUUCACACCGGGGACAAUCCUUACGUGUGCGCCGAGUGUGGGAAACGCUUCUCCAGCAAUAGCGGCCUCCGCGCUCACCUGAGAACUCACACGGGGGUGAAACCUUUCGCCUGCAUGGAGUGCGGGAAAUUUUUCUCUGAUUUAAGCACGCUUCGCAGACACCAGAACACGCACAAAGCAGAGAAACCUUUUAUAUGCACAGAAUGCGGCAAAGGUUUCACCCUAAAGGACACCCUACGCCGGCACCAGAGAAUUCACACAGGGGAGAAACCCUUCACAUGCACAGAAUGCGGCAAAAGUUAUUAUCAAAGCAGCAACCUCAUUAAGCACCAGACGAUUCAUACUGGGGUGAAACCAUUCAGCUGCUCCGAGUGUGGGAAGAGUUUCACCUUCAAAGACGGACUCCGCAGCCACCAGAGGAUCCACACGGGGGAGAAACCAUUCAGCUGCUCAGAAUGUGGCAAGAUGUUCUCUCUGAAGAGCACCCUCCACAAGCACCAGAUUGUGCACACGGGGGAGAAACCAUUCACUUGCAGCGAGUGUGGGAAAAGCUUCACUGUGGGAAGCGUUUCUCUCAUUCAUCAGAGGAUUCACUCGGGGGUAAAACCAUUUGCCUGCACUGAAUGUGGGAACACGUUUUAUGAUCAGAGCACCCUGCGCACCCACCAGAAUGUUCAUAAAGCAGAGAAACCAUUCACCUGCACAGAAUGUGGCGCCACUUUCACUCACAAGAGCAGCCUCCACAGUCACAACAGAAUCCACACGGGGGAGAAACCCUUCACUUGUGCCGAAUGUGGGAGGGGCUUCUCACGUAAAACCAGCCUCCAGAUUCACAACAGGAUUCAUACCGGGGAAAACCCAUACACCUGUACAGAAUGUGGAAAAGGCUUCUCUCACAAGAGCAGUCUCCUCAGUCACCGGGCCAUUCACACGGGGGAAAACCCCUUUAUAUGCACAGAAUGUGGCAAACGUUUCUCUCAGAUCGGCAGCCUUCACAUCCACCAGAAUGUGCACACGGGGUUAAAACCUUUCACAUGUACAGAAUGUGGCAAAAGCUUCCAAUUGAAAGAUGCCCUUCACAGGCACCAGAGGAUUCACACAGGGGCAAAACCAUUCACCUGCACAGAAUGUGGGAAAAGCUUCUGUCAAAGUAGCAGCCUCCGUGUCCAUGAGAAAACUCACACAGGGGAGAAACCAUUUGUCUGUACCGAGUGCAACAAAAGGUUCAGUCACAAGCACAACCUCCGCCAGCACCAGAGGAUCCACACUGGGGAGAAACCAUUCACCUGCACAGAAUGUGGCAAAAGCUUCACUCAAAAGAUCAGCCUUCAAGUCCACAAAAAAAGUCACUUACACUAGAACCGUUUGGUUAUGUGAGAACAAUGCCUUCUCUGUGACCUUGGGAGAUGCAUGGAUCCCUAGCUAUGGGUUACGCUCCGCUCUACCGAACAGGGUGCUAGCUCCGCCCUACAGAACAGGGUGCUAGGUCUGUCCUACAGAACAGGGUGCUAGCUCAGCCAUACAGAACAGGGUGCUAGCUCAGCCCUACAGAACAGGGUGCUAGCUCAGCCAUACAGAACAGGGUGCUAGGUCUGCCCUACAGAACAGGGUGCUAGCUCCGCCCUACAGAACAGGGUGCUAGGUCUGUCCUACAGAACAGGGUGCUAGCUCCGCCCUACAGAACAGGGUGCUAGGUCUGUCCUACAGAACAGGGUGCUAGCUCAGCCCUACGGAACAGGGUCCUAGCUCAGCCCUACAGAACAGGGUGCUAGCUCAGCCAUACAGAACAGGGUGCUAGGUCUGUCCUACAGAACAGGGUGCUAGCUCCGCCCUACAGAACAGGGUGCUAGCUCAGCCAUACAGAACAGGGUGCUAGGUCUGCCCUACAGAACAGGGUCCUAGCUCAGUCCUACAGAACAGGGUGCUAGGUCCACCCUACAGAACAGGGUGCUAGGUCUGCCCUACAGAACAGGGUGCUAGGUCUGUCCUACAGAACAGGGUGCUAGCUCAGCCCUACAGAACAGGGUGCUAGGUAUGUCCUACAGAAGAGGGUGCUAGCUCAGCCCUACAGAACAGGGUGCUAGGUCUGCCCUACAGAACAGGGUGCUAGGUCUGCCCUACAGAACAGGGUGCUACACUGAACUCCCCAACAGGACUGUGGCCUGACAGAGAGUAACCUCGGCCUCUGAUGAAGCUAAAAGGGAAGAAAAUGGAUAAAAAACAAACGCAAAAUAUCACAAAAUAAGGCAAAAAACAGAAACAUAGAGGCCCCAAUGUAGAGAGGAAGGUAUUGUAGUUUUUGGAAGAGUCUCUGGGGAUGUGAGGCCUGUGCAUGGGAUCCUUUAUUUACACACACGGGCAGUGACUAAUGACACAAACAAUAGAUGGAAUUAGUUGUGUGUUUGUUUAUCACUUUGUAUGUUGUGUUCUCCAACCCCAGACUUUCCUCAUAGGGAGCCACAGAUACUUCCCUGACCAUCACAGUCCAGAUUGUACCAGGUGUGACCAAAGCAGGUUCCCAUUGAAUCGUGACAAGUUCUCAUACUGAUCGGCCUGGUGCAAAUGCUGCCCCCCCCCCAAGGGCUCAAUCAUGUACAGAAAUGUACAGAACCAGUGUGACUGCUGCAAUUCUGGCACCAAAUCAACGAUGUAGCGGCUGAACAUGUACAGACUGAUAGAGAGGCGAGGCCGUUCUACCACCAGCUGUAAAUAAACCUUUUCCAUCUACAAAUGUUUCCCUACCAUUAACAUUAUGGAGCAACACCAGAGACAUCUCAAAGGAGAGAAACCAUUGACAUGUAGCAAGAGCUUCUCACACCGCUAUACUCUUUACACGCACCUAAGAGUUCACACAGGAGAGAAACCAUUGACAUGUACAGAAUGUAGGAAGAGCUUCUCACACCGCUUUAUUUUUGACACUCACCAAAGAAUUCACAUCGGAAAGAAACCUUUUGCUUGUACAGAAUGUAGGAAACAACUGUAUAUAUAUAUAUAUAUAUAUAUAUAAUAUAUAUGU